AUGCUGCUGCUAGCGAGAUGUCUUCUGGUGGUCCUCGCUUCCUCGCUGCUGGUGUGCCCCGGGCUGGCGUGCGGGCCCGGCAGGGGGUUUGGAAAGAGGCGGCACCCCAAAAAGCUGACCCCUUUAGCCUACAAGCAGUUUAUCCCCAACGUAGCCGAGAAGACCCUAGGGGCCAGCGGCAGAUACGAAGGGAAGAUCACAAGAAACUCCGAGCGAUUUAAGGAACUCACCCCCAAUUAUAACCCCGACAUCAUAUUUAAGGAUGAGGAAAACACGGGAGCAGACCGGCUGAUGACUCAGAGGUGCAAAGACAAGCUGAAUGCCUUGGCCAUCUCUGUGAUGAACCAGUGGCCGGGAGUGAAACUCCGUGUGACUGAGGGCUGGGAUGAGGAUGGCCAUCAUUCAGAGGAGUCUCUACACUACGAGGGCCGAGCAGUGGACAUCACCACAUCUGACCGCGACCGCAGCAAGUACGGCAUGCUGGCUCGCCUGGCUGUGGAGGCCGGCUUCGACUGGGUCUACUAUGAAUCUAAAGCACACAUCCACUGCUCUGUGAAAGCGGAGAACUCGGUGGCAGCCAAAUCCGGGGGCUGCUUCCCGGGAUCCGCCACAGUGCACCUGGAGCAGGGUGGCACCAAGCUGGUGAAGGACCUGCGUCCGGGAGACCGCGUGUUAGCCGCUGACGACCAGGGCCGGCUGCUGUACAGCGACUUCCUCACCUUCCUGGACCGCGACGAAGGCGCCAAGAAGGUCUUUUACGUGAUCGAGACGCGGGAGCCGCGCGAACGCCUGCUGCUCACCGCCGCGCACCUGCUCUUCGUGGCGCCGCACAACGACUCGGGAGCCGCGGGGCCCGCACCCGGACCGAGCGCGCUCUUCGCCAGCCGCGUGCGCCCCGGCCAGCGUGUGUACGUGGUGGCCGAACGCGGCGGGGACCGCCGGCUGCUGCCAGCUGCGGUGCACAGCGUGACGCUGCGUGAGGAGGCCGCGGGCGCGUACGCGCCGCUCACGGCGCACGGCACCAUCCUCAUCAACCGGGUGCUGGCCUCGUGCUACGCCGUCAUCGAGGAGCACGGCUGGGCGCACCGGGCCUUCGCGCCCUUCCGCUUGGCGCACGCGCUCCUGGCCGCGCUGGCGCCCGCCCGCACGGACGCCGGGGGUGGGGGCAGCGUCCCCGCACCCCAACCCGCAGCGGAGGCGAGGGGCUCAGGGCCGGCCUCGGGCAUCCACUGGUACUCGCAGCUGCUCUACCAAAUUGGCACCUGGCUGUUGGACAGCGAGACCUUGCAUCCCUUGGGAAUGGCGGUCAAGUCCAGCUGAAG